AUGACAGACCCUACGAAGCUAGUUGCCUCUCGGCUUGAAGGAUUGAGCCAACAGGAGCAGAGAUCUGUUAGGAGAUCUGUAAAGAAAGCGAACGAACUCACAGAACCCAUUUCAGAAGGACGCGAAUUGACCACCCGGGAGAAAAUUAUAAUUUUGGAAGCUUCAAAACUGCACGGUUCUCGCUUUCUACCUUGGACAUCUCCUCCAACUUCUUCAGAUUUCGAACAGCUGUCCGGCCAGCCUUAUUUCCUAGACAACGUAGAAUUUCCCUUGUCAGCAGUACAGCUCGAGGUAUUCGAUGCGUGGCGGAGACCAAGAGAGCUUCUGGGGCAAUUUCAUUCUACUUCUGCAUGGUAUCCGACCACGCUGGCUCAUGGUAGAGUCGAUCUUGUCCAAGAUAUAACCACCGACUGCUCCGUCGUUGCGAGCCUCUGCGCGGUUACUGCAAGGAAAGAGCGCGGAAACACUGAUAUCAUCACUCGCAACAUCUAUCCUUACGACGGGAGCCUAAAGCAACCGAUGAUAUCGCCCAACGGAAAGUAUGUCGUUCGAUUGCACUUCAAUGGCUGCCCUCGGAGUGUGAUCAUAGACGAUCGUCUCCCCGUCUCCCGGACAUCACGAGUAUUGCACGUUACUGAUCGAAACAACCCUGGCUUGCUAUGGCCUGCUCUUGUCGAAAAAGCAUAUCUCAAAGUGAGGGGUGGCUACGACUUCCCCGGGAGCAAUUCAGGAACCGACUUGUGCGUUUUGACAGGAUGGAUACCAGAGCAAAUAUUUCUACAAAGUGAUGACAUAGCACGCAACGCCCUUUGGCGACGAACGUUUAGUGCUUUCAAUUACGGCGAUGUCCUCAUCACCUUGGGGACUGGCAAGUUGACAUCAAACGAAGAAGAAGGCCUUGGCUUGGUCGGGGAGCACGACUAUGCCGUGAUCGAUAUGAAAGAGCUUGAAGGUCAACAGCUUUUCCUUGUGAAGAAUCCCUGGUCCGAGGGGACUAUCUGGAAGGGCCAUAUCCAUCGCGGCAACGUCAUGAAAGAGGACGCUAAGGGAUUUCAAGAUCUUUGUAUAAAUGAAAUGCCAACGACCAGCACAGUAGACACAGAGCCUCUUGCACCCGGUACAUUCUGGAUGGGUCUGAACGAUAUUUUCCAGAGCUUUGAGUCCAUGUAUCUCAACUGGAAUCCCUGCUUGUUCUCUCAUAGAGAAGACAUUCACUUCAAAUGGAAUCUUGCUGCUUUUUCUAGUCCUGAAGGCUCAUUUGUAUCUAAUCCGCAGUACGAGGUGCGCAGCAGCGUCGGUGGUACUGUGUGGGUCCUCCUGAGCAGACACUUCAAUUCGAGGAUUGACAAGUCAGACAAAGACCCAAGUCUCUCUGUAAAUGGCGAUACUCUUGAGAACGGCUUCAUCAGCUUGUAUGCCUACGACAGCGACGGAGAAAGGGUCUUCUCAAGUGACGAGGCUGCCGUGCAUGGUCCAUACGUUGACUCGCCUAACACUCUACUCAAGCUUGAGCUCCCAGCUAGGAAAGCUUAUACCGUGGUGGUUUCUGGACAGGGCCUUCCUCGAUCAGUCAACACAUUCACGCUGUCCGCGUUCUCUCUUGAGUCUUUGAGUCUAGUCGAAGCUCAGGACAGAUACACCCAUACUGUGUUGCAGCAUGGCGUGUGGACAAAUUCGACGGCUGGAGGCAACGCAAGCAGCUCGUCAUAUCACACGAAUCCUCAGUUUAGUCUCCGUUUGGCUGUAACCUCGAAUGUGGCAAUUUUGCUCGAGAAUUUCAGCGAACGUUAUCCUGUCCACGUCAAGUUGGUUUGGGCGAAUGGAAAGCAAAUCUGUUCUAUCAAGACUCGAGACAUCGUUGGAGAUAGUGGUGAGUAUAGGAAAGGGUACGCGUUUGCCGAGAUACGAGACGUGCAAGCUGGUGUGUACACGGCCGUUUGCUCGACUUUCGAGCAAGGUCAGCUGGGCAGGUUUACGUUGCGCGUCAGUAGUAUGUCAGCCUGUGCCGUCCACCGGAUACCGGUAGUGACGGCUGGACGCUUCGUUACAAAAGUGCAAUCUGCCUUUGCACCAGGGAGCGAAUGCCUUUCGGCACCGCUCAGCUCUCACCGUCUGAACAGGAUUUCGAUCAGCGCCAGAUCACGCGCAGAAGUUUCAAGGUCUAACAAGAACAUAAAAGCCUUCUUGAAACUUGGAGUUCAUCAUGGCCAACCACCAUCAAAGAGAAUAGUUGCGGUCAGUAGUGACGACGAGCUUCUUAAUGGUCAAGGUGGAAUUUGGAUCCAUGAUGUCGACAUCGAGCCCAGUAUGUGUGAAGAGGGAGGGCUCUGGCUUGUUCUCGAGCGUCUCAAAUGUUCAGUGCUUCAAAUGGCUGAGUGUGUAGACAUUGAGAUUUUCAGCGAUUGCCCGAUAAAAGUCGGAGACUGGACCCGGACUGUUGGUUAG